UUCCGAAAAGUUUUCCCUGUUGGUGCAGCAUGAAGUGCAGCGAUGGCAAGGAGAGGUAAGACGGUGGUGAGGACGCUGGAAGAUCUGACGCUGGACUCGGGUUAUGGUGGCGCGGCGGACUCGGUCCGCUCCUCCAACUUGUCCCUGUGCUGCUCCGAUUCCCCCCACGCGGCUUACCCCUAUGGAGGAAACGGCUGGCAGGCGCAGCAGCAGCAGCAGCAACAGCAGCAGCAUCUAACUGGCUCCAUGCACAGUCGACACAACAGCUUCGACACCGUCAACACUGUCCUGGUGGAAGACUCCGAAGGGCUGGACUGCUCCGGGCAGCACUGUUCCAGGCUGCUGCCUGACCUUGACGAGGUCCCCUGGAGCUUGGACGAGGUGGAGGCGCUCCUGCUGCUGCAGCGCAAGGAGUCCAGGGGGCUGGGGGUGGCCGCCGCCGCCAGCUCCAGCAGCGCCAACAGCUCCACCACCCUGAGCAGCAGCAGCGGCGGCGGCGGCGGCGGCGGCGGCCCGCCUUCCAAAGAUGCCUUGGCCCGGCUCUCAGCUUUGGUCAGCCGGGCACUGGUCCGCCUGGCCCGGGAGGCGCAGAGGCUGAGCCUGCGCUUCGCCAAAUGCACCAAGUACGAGGUGCAGAGCGCCAUGGAGAUCGUCUUGGGUUGGAGCCUGGCGUCCAGCUGCACGGCGGCCGCGCUGGGCGCCCUGUCGCUCUACAACAUGAGCAGCAGCGGCGGCGACCGCUUCAGCCGGGGCAAGUCGACCCGAUGUGGCCUCACCUUCUCGGUGGGCAAGUUCUACCGCUGGAUGGUGGACAGCCGGGUGGCCGUGCGCAUCCACGAGCACGCCGCCAUCUACCUGACCGCCUGCGUGGAGAACCUCUUCCGAGAGAUCUACGGCAGGGUCCAGCAGCUCGGCGCUUUGGCGCCGCCGCCGCCACAGCAACACCUCCACCACCAUCACCAGACACAACAGCAGCAGCAGCAGCCGCCGCAGCAGCACCCAAACAACCCCGCUCAGCAGCAACCGCCGCCGCUGCCGCCCCACCACCACAGGGGCCCGUGCUCUAGCACCGGCUCUGGCGCUACCUCUGCUGUUCUGCCUCCUCCUCCUGCAGCUGCUGCAGACAACAAGGACAGGGAGAGUAACAGCAGCGGCAGCAACGCCACCUCCGCGGCCACCACUGCCGCCGCCGCCGCCGCCGCCAACGACGCGCCAAAGUUUACGCUCGAGUCUCUGGAGCAGACGGUCAACAACGACUCGGAGCUCUGGGGGCUGCUACAAGCCUACCAGCACCUCAUCUGCGGGAAAAACGCCAGCGGUGUUCCUUGCUUGCCAGAAAGUCUGAAUCUUCACAAAGACCAGCAAAGGUCAAAUAAGCCGGGGGAAGUCCAGAUGUUCAGCCAAUCAGAGUUACGGACCAUCGAGCAGUCGUUACUUGCGACGCGUGUGGGAAGCAUUGCAGAGCUGAGUGACCUGGUGUCUCGAGCAAUGCAUCACCUGCAGCCGCUCAGCGCAAAGCAGCAUAGCAACAGCACUCCCAUGCACCACAAGCAGGGGUCGCUCUACUGGGAACCAGAGGCUUUGUACACGCUCUGUUAUUUUAUGCAUUGCCCUCAGAUGGAAUGGGAGAACCCGAAUGUGGAGCCGUCCAAAGUCACCCUACAGACGGAAAGGCCUUUCAUUGUGCUGCCACCUCUGAUGGAAUGGAUAAGAGUAGCUCUGGCUCACGCAGGGCACCGCCGCAGUUUCUCCGUGGAUAGCGAUGAUGUACGGCAAGCAGCCAGGCUUUUGCUACCGGGAGUUGACUGUGAGCCUCGGCAGUUAAAAAUUGACGACUGCUUCUGUGCUUCUCGGAAACUGGACGCAGUAGCCACGGAAGCAAAAUUCAAGCAGGACCUGGGGUUCCGAAUGUUGACCUGUGGCCGGACAGAUCUGGUCAAACAGGCCAUAUCUUUGCUGGGACCAGAUGGAAUUAACAGCAUGAGCGAACAGGGCAUGACUCCACUGAUGUAUGCUUGCGUGAGGGGUGAUGAGGCCAUGGUUCAGAUGUUGCUGGAUGCAGGAGCAGAUCUAAAUGCAGAGGUUGUCAGUACUCCUCAUAAAUAUCCAUCCGUCCACCCCGAGACCCGCCAUUGGACCGCUCUGACAUUUGCUGUGUUGCAUGGACAUAUUCCUGUAGUUCAGCUGUUACUGGAUGCGGGAGCCAAAGUAGAAGGUUCUUUGGAACACGGUGACGAAAACUAUUCGGAAACUCCCUUGCAACUGGCAGCAGCUGCUGGAAAUUUUGAGCUGGUCAGUCUGCUUUUGGAGCGAGGCGCUGACCCCAUGAUUGGAACCAUGUACAGGAAUGGCAUUUCCAUGACUCCUCAAGGUGAUAUGAACUCCUUCAGCCAAGCUGCUGCCCAUGGACACAGAAACGUGUUUCGUAAGCUGCUUGCUCAGCCAGAGAAGGAGAAGAGUGAUAUCCUGUCCCUGGAGGAGAUACUGGCCGAGGGAACCGACUUGGCAGACAGCGCGCCAGCUCCUUUGUGUGCCACCCGCAACAGCAAAGCCAGGCUUAAAGCUUUGAAAGAGGCGAUGUAUCACAGUGCCGAACACGGAUACGUGGAUGUGACCAUCGACAUCAGGAGCAUAGGUGUCCCAUGGACUCUCCAUACGUGGCUGGAGUCCUUGCGAACUGCUUUUCAACAACACAGACGACCUCUCAUCCAGUGCUUGCUGAAAGAAUUUAAAUCUAUUCAGGAGGAAGAAUAUACUGAAGAACUCGUCACACAAGGGUUGCCUUUGAUGAUUGAGAUCUUGAAGGCAAGCAAGAACGAAGUGAUAAGUCAACAACUGGCUGUCAUUUUCACCCAUUGCUAUGGACCCUAUCCUAUUCCCAAGCUUAUUGAAAUCAAACGCAAGCAGACCUCUCGUUUAGAUCCUCAUUUUCUUAACAAUAAGGAAAUGUCAGAUGUUACAUUCCUUGUGGAAGGAAGGCCGUUUUAUGCACACAGAGUAUUACUGUUUACUGCAUCUCCCAGGUUUAAAGCCCUCUUGUCCACCAAACCUACAUCUGACAGCACUUUUAUUGAGAUCAGCUAUGUGAAGUAUCCCAUUUUCCAGCUUAUUAUGCAGUAUCUGUACUACGGAGGCGCAGAGUCACUUCUCAUUAAAAACAAUGAAAUCAUGGAGCUUCUCUCCGCUGCUAAAUUUUUCCAGCUUGAAGCAUUGCAACGACACUGUGAGAUCAUCUGCGCCAAAAGUAUCAACACAGAAAAUUGUGUGGAUAUUUAUAACCAUGCCAAGUUUCUUGGAGUCACAGAACUAGCUUCCUAUUGUGAGGGUUACUUUCUGAAAAAUAUGAUGGUUCUCAUUGAAAAUGAAGCUUUCAAACAGCUGCUAUAUGAUAAGAACGGAGACUCGUCUGGCCAAAACGUACUCCAGGAUUUACAGAGGACGUUGGCAGCACGGAUCCAGUCGAUUCAUUUGUCAUCGUCAAAAGGCUCCAUUGUAUAGAGUUCAGAAAGGAACGGCUUGAUGUUUCGGGAAAGACACU